AUGGCCGACUCAAAUGGCACCGGCCAUACCAACGGGACAUCGUCCGCGCCGACCAGCAAGUCAGGAUGGGACGGCAAACUGCGUGUAAACAAGACAGCCACCCUCGCGAACCCAGAAGCCCUCAGCGAUCCAGAAUACUCAGAUGAGGACGCGCCGCCUCCAGAACAGAUCGAAGCAGACGAAGACUUGUUGGAAGGCGAGGACCCACAGACAGAGGAAAUCGAACUCCUUCACUCCAGAAUCACUUCCAUUCCUGCCUUACACCUCGAACGAUUCAAACGCCUGAAACGCAUAUGCCUUCGUCAGAACCAGAUUCAAAAGAUCGAACUGCCGGACACCUGCACAUCCACACUCGAAGAACUGGAACUCUAUGACAAUCUCCUCAAACACAUCGACGGGCUGGGAAAGUUUACAGAAUUACGAAUCCUCGACCUCAGCUACAACAAGCUCAAGCACAUCAAGAGGCUAUCAACGUUGAAGAAGCUGGAUCACAUCUUUUUCGUGCAAAACAGAAUAUCCAAGAUCGAGGGGUUGGAGGAGUUGACUGAGCUGACAUAUCUCGAGCUUGGUGCAAACAAGAUUCGAGAAAUCGAGGGCAUCGAGUCUUUGGUCAAGCUCGAACACCUAUGGCUUGGUCAGAACAAAAUCACAGAGCUGAAAGGACUUCACACCCUGAGCAAUCUGCGGACACUGAGUAUCCAGGCCAACCGACUGACAUCGUUGGAUGGGAUCGAAUCGAUACCUCAGAUCACAGAGCUUUACGUCAGCGAUAAUAAGAUCACUUCUCUCGAACCUCUCAAGAACAACACAAAGUUGGAGAUCCUUGAUUUCCAGACGAAUCCAAUCAGCACGCUCGCCGGUCUGGAGGAUUUGAAAGACUUAGAGAACUUGUGGGCAUCGAACUGCGAAAUCGACAGUUUCCAGGAGAUCGAGCGUGCUCUCAAGGACAAGGAGAAGUUGGAGGAGGUGUAUUUCGAAGGCAACCCAGUGCAGCGGCAAGGCCCUGUGCUGUAUCGCAACAAGGUCCGACUGGCGCUGCCACAGAUUACGAAGAUUGAUGCUGCAUACGUGAAAGCGACUUGA